AUGACAACCAUGUACGAGGAGGAGUACGGUAAGCUUCAGCUUCCCCCGCGGCGAAGCGGGGAAGGGGGCCUGCAAGAGGGCAUCUUAGUCAUCCGCAAUGAUGAUGUCGUCGCGGCCAGCGACUGGGACAAGGGACCCGCCCCACACCCCGCGCGGGCCUUUGCGGAGAGUUAUUUGCAGCCUGUUGUGCGCUCGGUUCUCACCGCCGAGCAAUUUAUGCGCUGGUCAAAGCGCGACCGCCGUGUGGAGGAGGCCAACUUGUGGAGCCUUGUCCUGGAGCUUUUGCUGGAUGCUGAGCAGAGCAGCAAGUACAACCCGGACGCUAUUGGCAUCGCGGGUGUCCAGCCUCAUCGGCGCUGGUUUCUGUCUCACCUUUCACAUAUACAGGACCUGCUGCAACGUCAUACACUCUUGCGUCGCAUGAACAUUGUUGUGCGCUGGCUAGAGCAAACUUAUAGAGAAGGGAAUACACCGCUUAAACUGUCAGCCUCACAGUCGCAUGAGGAGGCGAUUUUAUUGCGUCAGCUCAUUCUAUCGCAGCUACGCGGUGGUGAGCUUGACAGAGCCAUUGACUUGGCUGUAACGGCGGGCGACUGCACAUACAGUUGCUUGCUGAGCGGAGCACAGAUGCAGACGGUGCAUGAAACAUGGUUUCACUUAACGCCACUGGUCCCACUCUUUGGGGAGUAUGGCAACGGAGAGGUGGAUCAGGCUUGGACUGGCAAUAAUCACCGACUGGACAAUCUCUCUCAACUUUAUGAGGAGUCUGUAGCUUUGUCAAACUCUAACGAGGGGCGAACUGCCCGUGGUGGGUUAGAUGCCGUCGUUUCAGCGGUGCUGUGCGGAAAUCUAGAGGUCAUGGAGCCUGCGUUUCUGGCGGCAGGAAGCUGGAAGGACGCCCUCUGGUGCCACCUGCGCGCUGCGUUGGUGGUGUGCUUUACAAAAACAUUGAUGAAUGCGCAUCACAGCCUUCAUCCAUCGUAUGCUGGUUUUGUCGAAAAGGUUACUGGAUCACAUGACUCUUGGCAGGAUGAAACGGCUCGUGGCGUGGUCAGGCAGCUGGCGGAGCGGCUGCAACAAACCUAUCUUCCCUUUGCCUCACUGGAGGAGCAGCUGCAGAUGCGUGUCAUUCUUCAAUUCCUCUCACCAAGCGGCGUCGAUUGGAUGAACAUCACAGAGGACCUUUAUAACAGGCGCAGCGACGGAGCUAGACUUGUCUCACACUUGUUGUUAUGUCUGGACACCGCGUACAACGAGACACUUCAUUUCUACUCCGUUCAGGUAUACUCCAACGCGCUUGCCGUCGCUCUCGCGCAGUAUGUACAGCAGCUCGCCCAACUGCCGCUUUACUCCACGCAGGAGGCUAUGCAAGCGGUCAUAGCGAUGAAUUUGCACUUGCGCGAUGUGAGGCAACGGGCAACGGUGUAUGCCGCCUUUUUGAUAGCAUGUCGUCGUAGAGAACUAGAAUCUUCGACUCGGCAGGAGGUGGAGGCUAACGAGGCGAAACUUGUGCAGUUGUUCUGUAAGGCGGACCCUGUCAACGCGGUGCGUGACGAAGUCAUGCGGUUGUUGAACCAGAAGACGGAGCCCGCGUCGCUUUUGACGCAUAACCCAGUGGCGGAGGUGGUCAUGUGGCGGGCAAUGCACGCAGACUCCCAUGCGGAGUUCGUGGCCGCGCUUCGAGAGGCUCUUGAGGCGUGUGUCACCUUUUGGUUGGCUGAACCACAUGCCGAGCUGGACGCCAUUGCAGAUGUUGCUGGCCUCCUGCGGCGCACCAUCCUCCCCAACUUGCACGAGAAGAGUGAGACGCUGGGGCAUAUGGAGUUGAUUGAGGCGCAGUUUUGGAUAACGUUUGCGCAGGUUCGAUCGACGGCGGAUGAUCAUGCGCGCAGCACUGCCCAGCUUGACGUUGCCCUUGGUGGCGGGGAGCGGACGCUUGUCUUUCAAUUGGCGCAGGAUGAGGCCGCGCUGAUGCGAGAGCUUCAUGCGUGGACGCGGCAGGCGCUUGCGCACGGAGGCGCCUUGGUGCGUCGAUCUCGCUCCUGCGCCACCGCCAUCACGUGGAUUGUGCAGCUGUUCGCGGAGGAAGCGGCCCUAUCUGUGCGCCUCGCCACCCCAGGAGGUGACGUAAUUAUGCAGCAUCUGAGGAGCGUCUUUGCCCUCGUGGAGGAGAUGGAUGAGCUGGGCUACCUUGACCCCAACCUCAUGCCGCGGCAGAGCGCGAAGGACUUGUUUGAUGCCGUGCGGGCGGUUCGUGUGGCUUGCGGUCAGAAGUCGCACGACCUUCUCGUAACCGAGGCGAAAAAGGCGGCUGCGGCGCUGCAGGUGCCUCUUGGUGAUUACAAGGGCCCGUUGGAGGGGGCGGCGGAGGAGGCCGCGUGA